GGCCAAGACUGAGGUGGGUACUCUGAAGACCAUGCAGCCCUCAGCCAGGCCUGGGCUGCCUCUGCCCAAAUACUGCAGUGUGGCCACAGCCGGGAAAGCCCCCAGCCCAGAUGAUGCGGUGCCACCCUGGGGCCUCUCCUUCACCUGUCCCUUUGCCACACAAGCAUCCUGGCUGCCCACGAGCUGCACACUCACCAGGUGUGGUUCUUGUCACCCAUGUUCCCACACUGCUGAUACAUCGUGGCAGGGGCUUAACUGGCUGGGAAGAGUCGGAGAUGCUGCUGGCCCCUGGGUCCUGGCCAGGAGGGAACCGGAAGGCUUUUAUUAUCUGGCUCAGAUAAAGGCUGCUCCAGAGCUGGAGAGGAGGGGGGCCCUGGUUGUGGAAUUUGAGGCUCCCCUUGUCACAGGCCUAAAGCUGCCAGUCCAGCAACGGAGAGUGGUAUUUCCAGAAGAUGUCAUUCAGUUCUCGCCAUCCAUGCCACGCUCACUGCAGCCUGGUGACAAGGUGCUGGCCCCCUGGGAAGCAGAGCAACAGCAGUACGGCCCCGGCACUGUUCUCUUGGGCUUGAAGAAGCAAAAAGGCCAGAAAGCAUCUAAAGAAGAAAUCACUGUUCACUUCUGGAACGGCAAGACAACUAAGGUGCCUCUAGACAGGGUCAGGUGGGUGCCCCCCACUGUGUGGAAGAAGGCCGUGGAGAGACUGCAAACACCUCACACCCGGGGCUGCCAUGGUCCUUUCCUGUGGGCACCUCACUGUUCUCAGCUGGGACCUAACACUAGAUGCACCACACACAGAUCUCCUCUGGACUCCUCAUGUCCUCCCUGCCUCUCUUGUGCCUGCUGCCAGCCUCUGUAUCAGAGCUGUUUCUGUGGCUGUCCUUUGGUGGGGCCUAGCUGGUGGCCACUAACAAGGACCUCAGAGGCCACAACAAGAAAACUCCCAGAGUCAGAGCCGAAGCCCACAGCUCAGCUUCUGCCCCUACAAGGUCCUAAAGAAGACGCGAUAGCAAUGUUCAGCUACAAUAUGUCCUCCUCCUCUGAGGAAGAGAAUUCAGAGAGUCAUCUGGAGACGGGACUUCCGCAGAGACAGAUGGUAAACAGAGGAGUUAACACUGAUCCCAUCAUUUUUGAGAAGCCUCUGCAGCAGUGUGGCCCCAGUCAGCCUGAAUGGAGGUACUGGAGGAGAAACGGGCCUGAGCCACCCCCUGGAAAACGGGGUAUGGUAUACCAGGGGUUUGAUGCUAGCUUCCCAGACAGGGGCUAGGGGCUGCAAGGGUCUCUUGAAAUAUGGAACACUCUGGUAGGCUUGGAAGUAAUGUAUGGAAUGCAGGCUGUCAGAUCAGGGAAGAAUGCAGGCUGCUCUUCCACAUGAACAGGAGAGGACAGAUGGUUUGAUCUUUGUGCUCUGAUUGGUUCCUCUACUUAACACCCACCUCUUCUUUGACACGGGGUCUCAUAUAGCCCAAGAUGCCCUUAAACUUCCUAUGUAGCCAAAGAUGACCUUCAACCCCUGAUCCUCUACCUCUACCUCCCGAGGGCUGGGAUUACAGGAUGUAGUACCAUGCCAGGUUUAUGUGGUGCUUGGUAGAGCCCAGGGUACCAUGCAUGCCAGGCAGGUACUCUAAUAGCAUCCCUAGUCAUAUCUUUUUCUGUCUCCACUCAUCUAAUAAUUAAUUACAAAGAAGAGAAAUGUAUCUUUUAGGUCCCAGAUGUUUUGUUGCAGUCCAGAAAAAGAUUUAAAUUUCUGGAGCUGGCCCAUGGAGCAACAUCAUGAAUAUUCUAAAUCUACACAGAGAAUGUGUGGGGUGUGGGAAAGGGCCAGCCCCAGCUAUUUCUUCCUUACAAGUCCCAGCCCCUGCUGUUUCUGUUGUCUUAGCAGAUCUGACUGGGUCUGGUCACCUAGACUAGCCUGGUUCUAGGACUGUAAAUGAGAGUCACCACGCGGAUGCCAUACUGCCUGUCAUAGUCAAGUGCCAAAGAUAACUGAUGUGCAAAAGCCAAGUGUGAGCCAGGGCUGGAGGCGGUAGCAGCAGGUAACAG